AUGUCACGGCGUACAAAGAACACAGGGUCGAAUGUAAGAGGGCCUAACUCUGCGUUGACAGAGUUUUUGCGGGUCGAGGGGAUCACAGACGCGUUCAGAAGAAGACGCGAGAUACAGCAGGACCAAGCGAUCGAGGGCAUUACUUCUGGAGACUCCAGCACCGAGUCGUCAGUGGCGCCCACAGCCGCCCAGGAAGUGUCCCUGAAUCCCCUCCGCCAGCUGAGCGGCACGGCCAGUCGUAUCGAGAACCCUAGUGAGGAGGAGGAUGAAAUCGUGCAAAUGAGAGCGGCUGCUAGGCGAAAAAGACGUGCUGCUCGACGUGGAAGCGAUGGUGAUGAUGAUUUUAUCGGUGCCGACGACGACGACGACGACGACGAUGAGGAUGAUGAAGACUACGACUCGGUGGCCAGGUCCGCAUCCUUGGGAAAUGAGUACAAACAAAGUGGUCAGGAAGAUGUGUGCGUGGAGUGUGAGAAGUUGUUCGAGUUGACGGUGUACUCGCGGUACGACAAGGUGCGGCGAGGAUACUUGUGUGAAGACUGCAACCAGGAGUUGAAGCAGAGGGAGAAAAACACGCGUCGGAACCAGCAGAAUGCUCGUAGAAAGAGGAAAAAAGUGGCCCAGGCGCUAUUAGAUAAGACUACCGUGAGUAUUCCCACAUUACAAGACAUCUGCAUAAAGUAUAUCACCAGCAACAUUGAUCAGGUGGAGGCAUUGGGUGGGAUUGGCUCCAUCAACAUGAAUAAGAUUUCGAAGAUUUUGUCGAAAAACCGGUCUUUGAACAAUGAGACCAUGACGCUUUUCUUGAAUCCAGACUCUAAGUCACUCGAGUUCUGGGACUGUUCCAAUGUUGACUCAGACUCCUUCAACAAAAUUGCCUCUUAUUGUCCAAAUCUCGAGAGCUUGACCCUUUUCAUGUGUGGUCAGUUGCACAACGACAAUUUCGAGUAUUAUAGUGACAAGCUCACCAAGUUGACAGAGUUGAAUCUAAACGGGCCAUUCUUGAUCAAUGAGGUCACAUGGCAGGAUUUCUUUGAAAGCUGUGGAAAGAAACUCGAGAAGCUUGAAAUAAGAAACACCCACCGGUUCAGCAACGACUCGUUGAUUGGGAUGCUUGAAAACUGUGGAAAGAAUUUGACGAGCUUGAAGUUAUCACGGUUGGACGGGCUCACUUCUGCCGAGGUAUAUGAGCUUAUUCCUCAUUACUUGACUCCUAACUCUCUCACACAUUUGGAAAUUAGUUAUCCAAAGAGUGAAGAACUAGUGACAGAUGAACUUUUGAUCAACUUGUUGGCCAUAACUGGAGGCUCUUUGGUGUCCUUGAACGUCGAUGGGUGUACCAGUCUCACCAACAAUUUCAUAAAUGAAGGUAUUUCUCUGUUCUGCAAGACGUUGACUCAUUUGUCGAUGAAAGGUUUGGACCAAAUCAACGAAGAAGCUAACUUCAAAGGCUUCAACGAAAUAAAUGGUGGUUUGAUUUCCCUUGAUUUGAAUAAAUGCAUUGAGAUGACUGAAGCCGUGAUUUAUGAUAUCUUGAAACAAUCUUGUACAACACUAGUCGAAUUGAACUUGAAUUCACUCGACAACCUUUCCAAAAACUUUUUUUGGCAAGUGUUGACAGAUGACUACGAAGAGUUAAAGGUCAACUUCAAAGAGAACAAUGCGGAUGAUUCGUUGACAUUUUAUUCGGGACUCUCAUUUCCUUUAUUGACCACUUUGAACGUAGGAUUCGUGAGGUCUAUAGAUGAUCAGAUCCUAAACCUAUUAAGCAAAAAAUGCCCCAAGUUGAAGAUUUUGGAGGUGUUUGGUGAUAAUAGGUGUACCUACAAGGCCAAAACUAGAAGUGACAUGAUUAUUAUAGGAAGACAAGGAGAUGCCAUAUAGGCACUAAUGUAUAUUUAUUGGGGGAAUGGAAUGGGAGCAUUAGCUUUUUCUAUGUUCUUGAAGGUGGCUGGGUAUGGGAACUCGUCGCUAAACAAGUCGAAGUUUUGAUUCAUCAACUUGUUGGUGAUAUCGGGUUUGUUGUCAAUGACGAUUCCAGGAUGCUCGAACUGGUCCUUGAUAUCACGUAUUGACUUGCCGUAGCUGGCUAAUAAGUAUUUGUUGUCGGUUGGAUUCAAAGAUAAAUUGUUCUGGUACCUAAUAAUGGAGUCGUCAUCAACAUCUGCCUUGAACCUUUUGUAGUUGGAUGUGUAUAGAUUGUAUUGGAAGUUUAAAAACUUGUUGACCACGAUUUUGGACAAAGUUGUCUCCUUUUGGAUGUAUUUGAUGAUCUGAUGUAGAUGAGAAAAAUUGAACAUACCAGCCCCUUCAAGCUCCACAUAGAACUUCCAAAACGACACAGAACUCCUGAGCUGUGGCCGUUUAUAGUGUUUGUUGAAAAACUGUCUCAACCCAUUCACAUCCUUUGGGUUUGAGAGGUCUGAAACCGAUAACAAAGUAUUUAAAUAUAACUUUAUCACCACUAAUAUCGACUGGUCGUUGAGUCGAGAAAACAACAAGUUCACCGUCAGACGUGAAACAGUUUCCACUUCAGCGGUGAUCAGCUUCGAUUCUUCAAAAUAACACUCUAAAAGACUCUGUGAGAUUUGCAAGAAAGCUUCUGUUCCCACUAAUUUGCUCCAAUUCACUAAAAGACUCUCAACCGUUUCAGUGUAUCCACUUUUUAAGUACAAUUUGGAAUUAUUAUCUCCACCAAAGAACUUGACCAAGUCCAACAAGUAGUCGUUCAUCAAGUCCACCUUGUUGUGCUUCAACAAGAAUCUCCCGUAGCUGAACCUGACAAAGUUCACGUCCAAUGGAAUAAACUUAUUCACACAUCUCGAGUAUAUGGAGUCCAUAACCUGAAACUUGUGAGAUUCGUCAGAAACGUUGAUGUAUGCGAGAUACUUGAGCCAGAGCUUUUGAUUGAAGCAGUUUGGGAUCAAAGCCCUUUCGAACAAGUUGGUAAUGGUGUUAUAGUCUUGCUUGUAGUGUUGAAUUUCAUAGUCCAAAUAGGCAAACCAGUUGUCUGAUUCGGUGUCUGAGCUCACCUUUAGGUUCAAAUCAAGGGU